AUGGUGAUCCAUUACUUUCUCGAUCUCCAGUCUCAGCCAUCGCAAGGCGCCGCUUUUGUACAAGCGACGCACAAGGUUAAUAAAGCAGCGCGUCGCAUAUUAAGCUCGGCUUGGCCGCCAUCCAGCUGCGGCGAAUUAUGCGAGCGGGGCGCGCGCUCAGUCAGCCGGAAUUAUCGCGGCGUGGCGAAACGGAAAACGCCGUGCGGU